CAACAAGCCACAUUCUAAAACCAUGGCCUCCCCAAACAUUCUCAAAGCCAUUUGCUUGUUGGGAAUAGCCCUAACCCUAACUACCAUAACUCCCACCAUGGCCAAUAGCAGCCCCAAGGACUUCGUCGACGCUCACAAUGCCAUCCGUGCGGAGGUUGGCAUCGAGCCCGUCCAAUGGAACGAAACAUUGGCUACCUAUGCUCAAAAGUACGCCGAAUCAAAGAUCGCCACUUGCGAAAUGUCGCACUCUGGAGGACCCUACGGCGAAAACCUAGCGGUGGGAUAUGAAGGGAUAACGGCGGAGACAGCCGUGAAGCUCUGGGCCGACGAGAAGAAACAUUACGACCACGCUUCCAAUUCGUGUGGAAACGACCCUACCCACUGCGUCCAUUAUAGACAGUUGGUUUGGAAGAAUACCACAUCUAUUGGGUGCGCCCAAGUGAAGUGCCAAAACAAUUGGAUUUUUGUCAUAUGCUGUUAUUACCCUUCGGCCGACAGUAUUAAGCAACGUCCAUACUAAAUUUUUUUCAAUGGAUACAAAGUUUAUAUGAAGAAAAGAAUUAAUAAAUGGUUGAUUUUUUUUUUUUUAAUUUUUAAUUUUGAUAUUUUAUAAUAUAGGAACAAGCUGGCUAUGGAGUCAUCUUUUGUAUGUAACACAUAAAUUCUUCAAUAAUUUUUGG